GAGACGCCCAUGCGGGCCCCACCUGUCGGCGAAGGAUCAAGCGGCCGCCGCUAAUUAUUUCGGGGCUAUUUAAGCGGGGGGAUGGUGGUGCGGGCCUGCCGGGUUAGGUGGUGCUGCUGUUGAUCACCAACGCGAGCGAUUCCAGCGCAGAUCCAAGGCAGGCAGGAGAUGGCUCUCACGAGAAUUGGACUUGCCGGCCUUGCGGUCAUGGGGCAGAACCUUGCCCUCAACAUUGCAGAGAAAGGUUUCCCCAUCUCUGUCUACAACAGGACAACCUCCAAGGUUGAUGAGACCGUGCAGCGUGCCAAGGCAGAAGGCAACCUUCCUGUGUACGGUUUCCAUGACCCUGCAUCCUUUGUGAAUUCCAUUCAGAAGCCACGUGUCGUCAUCAUGCUUGUCAAGGCUGGUGCACCAGUCGACCAGACCAUUGCAACACUCGCAGCUCACUUGGAGCAGGGUGACUGCAUCAUUGAUGGAGGAAAUGAGUGGUAUGAGAACACUGAGAGGAGGGAGAAGGCAACGGAGGAGCGUGGACUCCUAUAUCUUGGAAUGGGUGUUUCUGGAGGAGAGGAGGGUGCCCGCAAUGGCCCGUCCUUGAUGCCUGGAGGCUCAUUUGAGGCAUACAAGUACAUUGAAGAUAUUCUUCUCAAGGUGGCUGCUCAGGUCCCUGAUAGUGGCCCGUGCGUCACAUAUAUUGGCAAAGGUGGAUCAGGCAACUUUGUCAAGAUGGUUCACAAUGGAAUCGAGUAUGGCGAUAUGCAACUGAUUGCUGAGGCAUAUGAUGUUCUAAAGUCGGUCGGUAAGCUCACAAACAGCGAGCUGCAGCAGGUGUUCUCAGAGUGGAACAAGGGCGAGCUCCUCAGUUUCUUGAUCGAGAUCACGGCUGACAUAUUUGGCAUCAAGGAUGAGCAGGGUGAUGGCUACCUGGUCGACAAGGUCCUUGACAAGACAGGGAUGAAAGGAACAGGGAAAUGGACAGUGCAGCAGGCUGCUGAACUCUCUGUUGCUGCUCCUACCAUUGAGGCAUCCUUGGAUUCCAGGUUCCUCAGCGGAUUGAAGGAUGAGCGGGUCGAGGCUUCCAAAAUCUUCCAAGGUGACUACUCCACUGGCCUACCAGUGGACAAGGCACAGCUGAUCGAAGACGUGAGGCAAGCUCUCUAUGCCUCCAAGAUCUGCAGCUACGCACAAGGCAUGAACAUCAUCAAGGCCAAGAGCUCAGAGAAAGGAUGGGGCCUCAACCUAGGUGAGCUAGCGAGGAUCUGGAAAGGAGGGUGCAUCAUCCGUGCCAUCUUCCUUGACCGUAUCAAGAAGGCCUAUGAUAGGAGCCCCAACCUUGCCAACCUCCUUGUGGACCCUGAGUUUGCGCAGGAGAUCAUGGACAGGCAAGCCGCAUGGCGCAGGGUCGUCUGCCUCGCCAUCAACAAUGGCGUUAGCACUCCGGGCAUGUCCGCUAGCCUGGCCUACUUCGACUCCUACAGGAGGGACAGGCUGCCCGCCAACCUGGUGCAGGCGCAGAGGGACUACUUUGGGGCUCACACCUAUGAGAGGGUCGACAUGCCUGGUUCUUUCCACACCGAGUGGUUCAAGAUCGCGCGGAACUCCAAGAACUGAGCUGCUGAUGCUGCUCCACAGAUGGCACGCCAUGGCACGAUAUGACAUGGCUUCGUGCUUUCAUUAUCUUCGAUUGCUGCGCUGUGUUGAGCAACCAGUCAUGUACUAGAUGUAGGGGAGGAACUGUGUUUAAUUUGAUUUUUCGUGCGCAGCGCUUAAUUUGGGCGAGGAAGUCCAAAGUUGUCUCCACUCUUUCCGUGUAAGCGGUCCUGGAGGGAGAACAUUGGUAUUUGUUGGAACUUCUCCAUUGAUCUUUGUAAGUUUAUUAUACGAAUAAAGCAUUAGUAUUUGUUGGAA